UCGUGCCUUCAGUCCACUUCGUAUACUCGUUGAAAGCUGUGCCCGCUGCGGAAGCCACGGCAUCGCAUCGCCCCUGUGCCACACCGAAGCAACAGCAAAAGCAAAAGCAAUAGCACCGAGAACAGCAAAGGAAGCCGUGCGAGAGGACGAGGUUGAGACCUGCCGGCGGCAAAAGUGCGUUUCGAUAUUUUUUUGAGGCACAAGAUCGUAGGAAAUUCUAAAGAAAGAAAUUCUCGGCGCAUCAAGUUCAAGACCGGCCUACAGAGCCGCCGCGUGCGUUUCGUGUCCGUACAUCGUUGUUUAUCCUUGAGAACGCAUUUUUUUUUUUUUUUUUAGUUGUGUGUGUGUGCGUGUGCGUGUGUGUGCGUGGCCUGCCCUGCUCCAGUGCUCCAGUGCUCCACUGCUCGACACAUUGUCAACGCAACUCUGUGAACGCAGCUGAAAAGUCAGCAGUGACAAAAAGUGAAAGCGGAAACGGAAACAGAAGCGCCAUAGAACCGAGUGGCAGCGACAGAGGCAGAGGUGGCAGCAACGUUAACUGCGACAACUGUGAAAUGUGCGGCUGCAUUGUUGUUUUGUUAGCACUUUGACCCAAAUCGAAUCGCACUUAACUGCACUGCACUGCACUGCAUAGGAUAGGACAGGAUAUCGUAUCCUGUACGAUAGCAUCCACUCAGGUGUCCCACUGUCGAAAGAAAGUCGCGAGUGUCCCCCGAUCCGAUCAGAACCCGUAGGACUGUUGGCCACCUCUCUCGCAUGCACCAGCAUUGAAAGGGGCACAGUUACUGAAAGGACACUGAAGGACGCUGCUGCUCUCGAAGGACAUUCCACUAGAAACGAUUCAUCAUUGCCCCUGCCACCGGAAGAGCAGCCACUACAGCAGCAAAUUGAAUGUGAAUUACAUAAAAAGCGAGUGUUAAUUUUUUGCCAGCUACACAAGAGACAGAUACAGGCACAGAUACAGAUACAGAUACAGAUACUGGGCUAACGCGCAGUGACAUGAAAAAUGAUGGAGAUGGAGCUUGUUUCGCCGUCUCCAUGCAACUUUUAGAGAAGAAAGGAAGAAAGAAACCAACAAGAAGGCUGCAAAUUGGCGACGUGUUGCUUUGUUGCACGCAGGACAACAGACAACAAAAAAGGCAACGCUGCACAUUGGCAGAGCAUCAUCUAUAAGGGGGGCAUAUGUGCGAGGGAGCCACUGCCGGGCAUUGUGCUGCAGAGGGAGCUGAAAGGAUUCUGCGCGUUCAUUCAAAAAGCCAUUAGCCCUAAUAAGCAGCCGCCCGUCAACGAACAGAACAGAACCGAAGAGAACCGAAGAGAACCCAAACCGAAGAGAACCAAACCAAACCGAAGCGAAGCGAAGCAAUGUUGCCGCCACGGCUGCUCCUCCGUCUGCGGCGGCCCAUGCAUCUGAUGGAGCUGCGCAUCCUUUUGCUCUGCCUGCCGACCCUGCUGCUGGCCACAACCCUCGAGCCAGAUCAAAAGUCCGUGCUCACAGACAACGACUGGAAGAAGCUAUGGAUGCGCGGCGGCAUAAGCGGCGACUCGAAAUUGGAAAACAGUCUCGACUCCAGCGACAGUCCCAUGUUCGAGGACAGCGAGCUGAUGGCGCACAACACCACCGUCCAGCUGGGUGGCACCGCCUUUCUCGUCUGCAAGGUCUCCGGCGUGGAUAGAGUGGGUGUAAAUUGGAAUCAGAUCUCUUGGAUCCGUCGCCGGGACUGGCACAUCCUCUCGUCGGGGGCCCAGCUGUAUACCAACGACGAACGCUUCGCGAUACUCCACACGCCCGGCUCCAACAUGUGGACGCUGCAGAUAAAGUUUGUGCAACGGCGGGAUCACGGCAUGUACGAGUGUCAGGUCUCGACACCGACUGGCAUCAUUUCGCACUUUGUGAAUCUCCAAGUGGUCGUGCCGGAGGCCUUCAUCCUCGGCUCCGGCGAGCUGCACGUCGACAUGGGCUCCACAAUCAAUUUGGUUUGCAUUAUUGAAAAGAGCCCCACACCACCGCAGUACGUGUACUGGCAGAAGAACGAUCGUCUCAUCAACUACUACGACGCCAGGCGGGACAUCUCCAUAGAGACCACACCGGGACCGCGCACCCAGAGCCGGCUGAUCAUCCGCGAGCCGCAGGUCACCGAUUCGGGCAACUACACGUGCUCGGCCAGCAACACGGAGCCGGCUAGCAUCUACGUCUUCGUCUCGAAAGGCGACAAUAUGGCGGCCAUAUCCAGGCGGAAGACCUCCUCGGCGGAUCGCCUGGCGCACAUAUUUAGGUCGAUGCUGGCGCCCUGCCUUCUGCUGAACACUGUUGUUGUGAGACGCAUCUUCCUGACCUAAGCGCCUGGCCGCCCCCCGAGGCUCGCAGAGGGCUCGCAAAACAUCCUAUUUAAGCUAUUUCAGUGUUAGAAAGGUAACCCAAAGAAGGCAUCAACCAAAGCUAGAAUAAUUGCUAACUUAAGGCCGUCGAAUCAAGUGUAAAAAUCAUGCAAAAACCAAUCACAGACGAGGUGCAUUUAGCCGGACUCGCUUGGACAGCCCAGAAGCGUUUAGAUAAGCCCCAGUUUAGUUGGUAAACUCAAUUCCCCGUUGAUUGUGUACAGUAUGUUGACGAAUUUUGAUAUAUGAUUAGGUUUUAUCCCCGCCCCACACCCCACACCCCACACCCCCUUCCCCUUCCUCUGUGCGAGUCCGGAUCGGCAUCACCUUCUCGUACGGUAACGAAAUUUGCACAAGUAGACAAUUUGAGUCCAUUCAAAUCAAGGCAUACACAUAUGUAUCCAUGUAUCUGUGUAUCUGUGUAUGCGUAGACAUUAAAACGCCAUUAUAAAUGUUACUAAUUGAAAAAGAGGACAGGGGGCACGUCCAGCCCGGAAGGAAAACAUCAGCAGCAUCAACCUGCAAUUAAUUAAUUAUGUUAUUAAGUUUGUAAAUAAAUUCCAUAGCAAAAGGCACACCAGGACACCAGGACACACAACCACAAACAUAUAUUAAAUUAUGUACAUAAAAAACAGGAAAAACCAAAGGCAGGACUUCAAAAAAUUGGAGUUUGGUGGGCCAAGGAGGGGGCAAGAACUCAUGGAUAGUACAGUCCAUCCCCCCCUAACCACCUAUCGACUGUCCAUACGAUAUAUAUCGGCAAUCGGCAAUCGGCUUGUUGUCCGACUUAACCAAAAAACAUAACCAACAUUCGUUCAGUGUCAGUGUACGUAAUUUACAAAAGAUUAACCUGUUUAGGAGAUACUAAUUGAAGUUUGAAUAGAAGAUUCCUUAGAUUAAAGUAGCUUGCCAGAUAUUCAGAUACAUUCCACAGACUCCUUGAGGUGUGCCCCAAAGACCACAUCUAACCACAUUUUAUUGGAUUGAAUUGGAUUGGAUUUAAUUGAAUUAAAUUCCUGAAUUUUUCAUUCCACUGUUGAGCAUUUUUCCCACUGUAAAUAUCUUUUGAUUAAUAUUAAUAAUAAUAAUACAUUUUUUUGUGAAUGGGCCAACAAUGGCCAAAACGAUAAUUAAUGAAAACCCACAUAUGUAUGGCGGCAGCAACAACAAACAGAAAAAAAAUCAUUAUAGAUAUUGUACUCUCGAUAAGACGGAUAAAUAAAUACAAUUUCACAAAAGAUUCAAAUAAAAUUACAAUUUGAUGAAUAUGAAUUUAAUAUUAAUAAAACAUAUAUUAAUAACCGAAAACCGAAAAACAAAAAA